AUGAGGGCGUCGCAUAUCCUCCUUGCGUGUAGUGUCUUGAUCGUGUUGUUAUGUAUGGACGCGAGAGGACUCCGGGUGAGGAAAGAUGGAGACGUACUAUCGCCGAAGACUUUCCAGCCUGAUGGAGGGGAGAAUACCACGGACCCAUCUGAUAUCAUCGAAGAGGUCCGAAAGGUAGAAAAACAAGUAGAAGCUGAGGCGGCAGAAAUAAUUAAAGCCAGAGAGGAGCAUCGUGGUUUCAACACACUUGACGAUGGCGUCGCCCCGGAGACAGAGGGUGGGCAUGGACUGCAUGCUUCAGAGACGACUCCUGUUGCAGAGCUCGAACCACAAGAUCCAGACCGGAGUCUCAAGUAUCCUGUACGGCUGCUGAUUGUAGACAAGCCUGCGGGGGAUGAAGAGGAGACUAGACCAUCAUUUGUGCAGACGGCACUACAUUCGGAGCUUGCACAACGCGUUGUGAAAGAGCUAAAUGGGCAUGUGGACGUUCUUGAUGAGAGCGGCGUGGUCCUAGUGGAUCUUCCAGCAAACACCACGGACAAACAACUCAAGGAGGUGAUUGAAACAGCCAAGGCGCAAGGCGCCAUAGUAGAGCCGGACCAUAUGGUCAGCGCUGUCCAUACAUCGUCGAGAGAAUCAAAUGACCCGUUGCUGCAUGAGCUCUGGGCUUUGGAUCCGUUAAACAUGCGAGCGGCUUGGGACAUCUUGACCACAGCAGAACUUGGCGGGGAUCGGAGGCCACUGGUCUGUGUUGUAGAUACUGGCAUCGAUUAUGAGCACCCGGACUUACGUGAAAACAUGGAAGUGAACCAGGUAGAGCUGCACGGCAAGCCCGGAAUUGACGACGACAACAACGGGGAGAUUGACGACAUCUACGGGGCCAACAUGGUCAGCGAUUCCACCGACCCUGCGGAUGAUCACUCUCAUGGCACUCACGUGGCCGGAACCAUUGGUGCACGGGGAGACAAUGGCGUCGGAAUAGCUGGUAUUGCAUGGGCACCCCGUCUCAUUGCAUGCAAAUUCUUGAACGCCCGAGGAAGAGGAUUCGACUCAGAUGCGCUCCGUUGCAUUAACUAUUGCGCCAAAAGAGGCGCCGAUAUUAUGAACCAUAGUUGGAGUGGUUCAGAUGCAAGUGAAGCUCUUCGUCAAGCAAUCGAGCAAACGGCGCAACAAGGCAUCAUUCACAUCGCCGCAGCAGGAAAUUCCGGUAGAGACGUCGACGUGACCCCAAAUUACCCAGCAGCAUUAUCGACGGCUGUGGAAGGGCUCAUCACAGUCGGAAAUAUGAAAAUGGAAAAGCAGCGCGACGGGUCGAAGCAUUUUUCCUUGGCUGAAUCCAGUAACUAUGGAACCAAAAGCGUUCAGAUUGCCUUGCCAGGGACGGACAUCUAUUCUACUAUUCCUGUGCAAGAGCGCCCGGAUGACCCCUAUGGAUGGAAGACAGGGACAUCAAUGGCAGCUCCUGCUCUCAGCGGAAUCGUUGCUUUAAUGCUCGCGGCGAAUCCUGGACUGAGUGCAACCCAAAUCAGAUCUAUUUUAAUGCAAAGUGUGAACCGGACGCCUGAGCUCUCAACCCGAGUGACAUGGGGCGCUAUGCCUGACGCGAAACGGUGCCUCGAUGCGGCGCUAGUGACCCCGCCGGAAGGACGGAGACCGGGGAACCCGCCGUCUCAUCCUCCCCCCGAGGCUUCACCCCCGGAGUCGUCUCCGCCCGACCGGCAACAUCCUCAUCCUCAUCCUCCUCGCCCUAAUCCCCCCGAGGCUUCACCUCCGGAGCCGUCUCCGCCCAACUGGCAACAUCCUCAUCCUCAUCCUCCUCGCCCUAAUCCCCCCGAGGCUUCACCUCCGGAGCCGUCUCCGCCCAACUGGCAACAUCCUCAUCCUCAUCCUCCUCGCCCUAAUCCCCCCGGGGCUUCACCUCCGGAGUCGUCUCCGCCCAACUGGCAACAUCCUCAUCCUCAUCCUCCUCGCCCUAAUCCCCCCGAGGCUUCACCUCCGCAGUCGUCUCCGCCCGAACCUCAACGUCCUUUUUCUCAGUGGCCCCACACUCCACAUUUUUUUCAUUAUCAUCCCUACCCUGGAUAUAAUCUUCCUUAUUUUACUUACCAUCAGUCUCCUCUUCCUUAUGGUCCCUACGGAAGGGAUCCUUGUCCUUGUGCUUCCCACCCUUAUCCCGCCGACGAUUCACCUCUGGGGUCGUAUGCGCCCGAUCCAUCACCUCCCCAGUCUUAUCCCCCAGAACCUUCACCAUCGAAGCCGUCUCCACCAGAGGGUUCUUCUCCGAGAGUCCCUUCGCCUCACCGGCAUCCCAGCAGAUCACGUCUCCCCUCUGCUGUCGAGCCAUCUCCACCACCGGCUUCCCCACAGCCGUCACCACACCCCUCUCCACCGGACACUUCUCCAACCAAGCCUUCUACCCCCCCGCCUUCUCCAUCCCAAGAUCCUGAAGGUCGUCGGGAACCAUCCGAAGAGGAUGAUCAUAAAUCCCUGAGUGACAAAUCAACUUCCCACUCAUCGGAAGGUCAUGCUGGGGCCACCCCCCUCGCCCGAGUAGGAGUUCUCGCUGUUUUUUUAACUGUUGUAGGAUUAAUUGUGUGA